UUAAGUAGACGGCGGAGGAGGCAGCAGCAGCAGUUGUCUCCUCUCUGGACAUAAUUUGGACUGUUUGCAAUCUGUGCGUAAGGCUGCUAAAUCUAAUCUACUGGCCCUACAGUGGCUGCUGCUCCACACCAGUAGCCAUCCAUUAACCAGACUGCUGCCCAGCGCAGAGCCAGAGCGACGUCACGCGGCUGGGAGAGGGCGUCAGUGCGCCUUGACGAGCUCCACACACACACGCUGAGCCAUGUUUACCGAAUGGGGAGAGUUUGAUCCGACUUGCAGAGCGCGCAUGUGGACUGUCACCCUGUCCGGGACCGAGCAGACAAUGAAGAGGAGCGACAGUUUCUCUCUGUGAUAUAUCUCUAAGAUGAGAGCCUUUGUGUUGAACCUGAUGAGUUCAGGAGGAUUUCGAAAGGGAACGAUCACAGUUUACACAGAAGAAAUGUCCACAACUGCAAGUCCAACCAUCCCCUCCUCACAGCUGACAUCGGAUCAACUCACAGUGGUGGCUGCAUCCUUUUCUUCCCUGGUGUUCUUUGUGGUUAUUGUGGUGCUGCUGUCCAUUAUUUACCGCAAGGAUCUCCAGUGCUGCAAACUCCGCUCCUAUCAGGGGCCACAUGCAGAUAUGGACGCUCCUCCCCAGUACUACAGCAGCAGACAGACACUGGUGGGAUCUCCUUGUCUAGAGCAGACUCAGAUCAUGGAUGACAGCAACACUCAGCAGGCAGGUCAGCUGUUCUACGUCGGCCUGCCCUCCAGCUACAGCCUGCCCACGCUGGAGACCCCCCUGCCGAGGCUCCCCUCCUAUGAGAGUGUCCGAAAGAAGGACCGCCAGAGGCAGAUCCACAUGAUGAUCGCAGACCGCUUCGGCCUCAAUGGACCCAUUGUGACUGAGCCUCCUCCAACAUACGAAGAGAGUAUUCGCCAGUCUAUGGAGCUGCCGUACAACAUCCUCCCAUCCAGUCCGGAUGUCUGCCCUCCUCAGAGCAUUUACACCAACACAGGGCCCGACACACCUCAUCCAGUCAGCUCUGACACCAACAGCACUAUUCUACCUGUGUGAUUACCGAGCAAGCUUCUCAAGCUGGUUCAUGAAUGUGACAGACGUGUGAUUGCUUUAUAUACAGAUGAAAAACAUCCCGACAUGUUGAAGACUGGAACCUUCACACAAGCUGAUUCAGAUACCUCAAGACUGUGUUUAUGUUGAGAGAUGGCUGAUGAAGGAGCAACCAAAGAGGAGCUUCAGGAAAGGACACCUUUGGCUUGGCACGUUUGAAUGUUAAAACACUUUGUUACUGUACAUGCUAAUGAAUUUAGAGAAUCACUGGAUAUUUACAUUUACUGAGGUGGCUGGUACAUCUUGAAAAAUAAAUUUGAGGACUACAGGACUUAAACCAAAAAAGGGAACCACUAUUUACUUUGUUGAUUAUACUCUGUUAGUUCAGUGGUUCCCAACUGGGUCAUUGGUCCAUUCUGAAUGGACUGCAAGUGACUCACGAAUGUGUCAAGUUUGUAAAAAACACACUUAUUUACUUAUACAGUAAAUUUGUGGCACAGAGCUUUUAUUUUGAAGUGCCAUUUCCUGCUGUCAAUUCAGUGACUAAUGGACAGUAACUUUACAGAGACAGCAAACUAGCUGGACAACAUGGCCAAAUGCAAGUAUGAUGCUUAAUAUAUUAAACUGUGUGGACCUUGAACUAAUGACUAAGGAGAAAUCUGGACCUGGUGGCUGGACCAGUUGGGAACCACUGUGUUAGUGAACAUUUGUCCUUUAUUGAGACCUCAUUGCCUGGUUUGUAAAGUUAUCUGAAAUCUGUUUGUUUCUGUACCCUGCCGAGGCUGAGCCAUACCGCCAUACAGCAUGUGGUUCAGCCUGGGAGAGGGAAAAUAUUAAAAGGUGCUAAUGAGAGUGCCUUCCAUGAAGUUAUAAUGAGAUAUUACAACAAAUGCAUGUUUGCUUUUUACCCCUUUGCUUAUUUUUUAUUUUGACAGGACAGCUUACCCCAAAAUCAAAAAUACAUAUUGUUCCUCUCACCUGUAGUGCUGUUUAUCAGUCUAGAUUGUUUUGGUGAGUUGCUGAGUGUUGGAGAUAUCAGCCAUAGAGAUGUCUGCCUUCUCUCCAGUAUAAUGAAACCAGAUGGCACCCGGCUUGCGGUGCUCAAAGCACUAAAACAAUACAUUUGAAAAACUCAACAG